CAGGAUCUUACGAGCAGCACCUCAACGCACCUUCAGCGGUAACUGUCGGGAUGACGUCACACAUGCCCACCGGAGCACCGAGUCCUCCAGACAGCCCGCAGCUCCGUCCGACCUGUGUUUCCCCGGGAAAGAGGACUGAAAGCUGGAGCACUAUUACAACUACACCAACACAUGAGGGACUUACAACCCAGUCCCGUCGCCCUCGUCGUACAUUUGACCCCCUGAACUUGUGUGCUAGUGCUGGACUGGAGGUGAGCCAUGGAGGACGGGAAGCCAGUGUGGGCGCCGCACCCUGCCGAUGGGUUCCAGCUGGGGAUGAUCGUGGACAUUGGAGCCGACGCGCUCACCAUAGAACCACUGAACCAGAAGGGCAAGACCUUUCUGGCUUCCAUGAGCCAAGUCUUUCCAGCAGAGGAUGAUGUCAACAAGUAUGUGGACGACAACUGUUCCCUCAUGUACUUGAAUGAAGCCACUCUCCUCAACAACGUCAGAGUGCGGUACAAUAAAGACCACAUCUAUACGUAUGUGGCCAAUAUCUUGAUAGCUGUGAAUCCUUACUGUGACAUCCUCAAACUGUACGGCCUUGACGCCAUCAAGUCGUACAAGGGCAAGUCACUGGGAACUCUGCCACCUCACGUCUAUGCUAUAGCCGACAAAACCUACAGGGACAUGAAAGUUCUCAAGAUGAGCCAGUCCAUUAUCGUUUCCGGUGAAUCUGGUGCCGGAAAGACUGAAAACACCAAGUUUGUUCUCAGAUAUCUCACCACAACAUAUGGAAGUGGUCAAGAUAUUGAUGAGAGAAUUGUAGAAGCGAAUCCCCUUCUUGAGGCCUUUGGGAACGCAAAGACAGUCCGGAAUAAUAACAGCAGUCGCUUUGGGAAGUUUGUGGAAAUCCACUUCAAUGAGAAGAAUGCAGUUGUGGGUGGAUUUGUCUCCCACUACCUGCUAGAGAAGUCGAGGAUUUGCAUGCAAAGUAACGAAGAGAGGAACUACCACAUCUUCUACAGGCUGUGUGCUGGGGCAUCCGAAGACAUCAAGAAGAAGCUGCACCUGGACUCUCCGGACAGCUUCAGGUACCUGAACCGAGGAUGCACCAGAUACUUUGCCAGUAAGGACGCUGACAAACAAAUCAUGCAGAACCGCAAGAGUCCUGAGCAUCUGAAGGCCGGCGCUCUGAAGGACCCUCUUCUCGACGACGUGGGGGACUUCAACAGGAUGUGCGUGGCCAUGAAGAAGAUUGGUCUGGACGACACUGAGAAGCUGGACCUGUUCAGGGUGGUUGCUGGCGUUCUCCAUCUGGGAAACAUUGAUUUUGAAGAAACAGGGAGCUCCUCAGGUGGUUGUAUCCUGAAGAAUCAGUCCGGCCAGACUCUGGAGUACUGUGCCGAUCUGCUGGGUCUGGACCAGGAUGAUUUGCGCGUCAGCCUCACAACCAGAAUCAUGCUCACAACAGCAGGGGGCACCAAAGGAACAGUUAUCAAGGUGCCUCUCAAAGUGGAGCAGGCAAACAAUGCCCGCGAUGCCCUGGCCAAGGCCGUGUACAGCCGCCUCUUUGAUCAUGUGGUCAAACGAGUAAACCAGUGUUUCCCCUUCAAGACUUCCUCCAACUUCAUCGGGGUGUUGGACAUCGCUGGGUUUGAGUAUUUCGAACACAACAGCUUUGAGCAGUUCUGUAUCAAUUACUGCAACGAGAAACUUCAGCAGUUCUUCAACGAGCGUAUUCUGAAAGAGGAACAAGAGCUGUAUCAGAGGGAAGGCCUGGGAGUGAAUGAGGUGCAUUAUGUCGACAACCAGGACUGCAUAGACCUAGUGGAAGCAAAGCUGGUGGGAGUCCUGGACAUCUUGGAUGAAGAGAACCGUCUCCCUCAGCCCAGCGACCAACACUUUGCAUUAGCUGUUCACAGCAAGCAUAAAGACCACUUCAGACUGACGGUACCCAGGAAGUCGAAGUUGACCGUUCACAGGAAUCUCCGGGAUGAUGAAGGCUUCAUCAUCAGGCACUUUGCUGGAGCUGUCUGCUAUGAAACGACUCGGUUUGUGGAGAAGAACAAUGACGCCCUGCACAUGUCGCUGGAGAGCUUAGUGUCGGAAUCCAAAGACGGAUUUGUUCGGGAGCUGUUUGAGAACUCGAUCACCAACAAGGACUCCAAACAGAAAGCGGGCAAACUCGGCUUCAUCAGCGUUGGCAACAAGUUCAAGACCCAGCUGAACCUGCUGCUGGAAAAGCUUCGCAGUACUGGCUCAAGUUUCAUCCGCUGUGUAAAACCCAAUCUGAAGAUGGUCAGCCACAAGUUCGAAGGCGCUCUGAUUCUCUCACAGCUUCAGUGCUCAGGAAUGGUGUCGGUGUUGGACCUGAUGCAGGGCGGGUUCCCCUCCAGAGCCCCCUUCCAUGAGCUCUACAACAUGUACAAACAAUAUAUGCCUGAUAAGCUCACACGUCUGAAUCCACGACUCUUCUGCAAGGCUUUGUUCAAGGCUCUGGGACUAAAUGAUAAUGACUUCAAGUUUGGACUGACAAGAGUGUUCUUCCGCCCUGGAAAGUUUGCUGAGUUUGACCAGAUCAUGAAGUCCGAUCCAGACCACCUCGCAGAGCUGCUGACGAAAGUCAACCAGUGGUUGUUGUGCAGCCGCUGGAAGAAAGUCCAGUGGUGCAGCAUGUCUGUCAUCAAACUUAGGAACAAGAUGAGCUACCGAGCUCUGGCCUGCAUUAAGAUUCAGAAAACGGUCCGCAUGUGGUUGUGUAAGAGGAAGCAUAAGCCACGCAUUGCUGGUAUGGUGAAGGUCCGAAACCUGAAGAAACACAUGGAGCGGUUCAUCGAGGUGGUGAACGGGCUGAAGGAGGGCAAGCGGGAGAUGGCCAAACAGGUUCAGGAGCUGGCGGCCUCCAUCGACGCUCUGCUAGCAAAGAUAAAGGCCACAGUGAUGACCUGGAAAGAGAUUGACACAGAGUACCAGGGGCUGGUGAAACGCUCAGAGCAGCUGCUCUCCUCAAUGCAAAAGAAGAAGCAGGAGGAGGAAGAGGGCGAGAGGCUGAAACACAUCGAGGUGGAGAUGGACAAAGAGAGGAAGGGCAGGGAGAAAGAAGAGCAACGACGCAAACAGGAGGAAGAGGACAGAAGACUGAAAUCUGAGAUGGAGCUGAAGAGAAAGCAGGAAGAGGAGGAUAGGAAAAAAAGAGAGGAUGAAGAGAAUGUCACACAGGAGGAGUUGGAGAUGCAGUUGGCUGUGGACCGUGAGGAGCAGGUCCAGCGCACCACCAUAGUGGAGCAGGAGAGAAGAGACAGAGAGUUAGCCAUGAGGAUCGCUCAGAGUGAGGCUGAGCUCAUCACUGAGGAGAGCCAGAUGGACGCAAGCCUGCGCAGUGGCAAGUCUUUUUCAGAUCUUCCUAUCUCUUCAUCCUCAGUCAGAACCAUGGGUCCUCAAGUGCAGGCGACUAAAGCUGCUGCCGGUGUGAAAAAGUACGACCUCAGCAAGUGGAAGUAUGCUGAGCUGCGAGAUGUCAUCAAUACCUCCUGUGACAUCGAGCUGCUGGCGGCCUGCAGAGAGGAGUUCCACCGCCGGCUGAAGGUCUAUCACGCAUGGAAGUCCAAGAACAAGAGGCGUACCGAUGACGGGAGCGAUCAGAGGGCUCCCAAAUCUGUCACUGACUACGCUGAACAAAACCCAGCUCCACCGAUGGCGGCCCAGCAUCAGGAAGUGGCCAUGAAUCGCCAGCAGCGAUAUUUCCGCAUUCCUUUCAUCCGCCCGGCAGACCAGUACAAAGACCCGCAGAAUAAGAAGAAGGGCUGGUGGUACGCCCACUUCGAUGGUCCCUGGAUAGCCAGACAGAUGGAGCUUCACCCAGACAAACGACCUAUUGUGUUGGUUGCAGGGAAAGACGACAUGGAGAUGUGUGAACUGAGUCUGGAGGAGACAGGUCUGACCAGGAAGAGGGGGGCAGAGGUCCUGCCCAGGCAGUUUGAAGAAAUCUGGGAACGCUGCGAUGGAAUUCAGUACCUCAAGAAAGCCAUUGAGAAGAAGCAGGCCCGCCCCACAUACGCCACCGCCAUGCUUCAGAGUCUCCUCAAGUGAAGCCCAGCAGCGAGAUAAUCAUCCUGAAACAAUGUCCCCGACACAGACUUACAAACGGAAGCAUGCACAUUCAAGGGCGGCGCGGUGUACCUGCGGUUUGUGGGAUGAAAAGAAGUAGCCGCAGAGAAAGAUGCCCCCGAUGCGAUCUUACUGUAGGCACUCAGUGUUUCAUCUCCUUUUUAAAUACCUGUAUGUUCUAUGUUUUCACUUUUUAUAUCUUUUAUUUUGCGGUGUAAUACCUUAUUGGUCUAAUGUUAGCAUUUCUGUCUUCUUCAUAAUCAAUGCUUGAAUUGGAAAUCCCACUGUGAGGCCUUAAAUUGUAAUACCACUGCACUACAGCCAGGAGGUCUUAAAUAACUAAUCUUGAUAUUAACCGGAAACCUUAAUUGUCUCCGAUAGGGACUGUAAAUUAGAUUUGAUUUGAUUUCUGAGAAAAUAUCUUGAUUUAAUCGUGUCAUCCUCUAUUGUCUUCUGUAUAUUAAGGCUCUAAUCUAAUUACUAUUAUACUGUAUUUCAAGUUAUUAUAUAUAUACAUUUUCAAGAAAGAUUAAUUAAUUUAAAGAAGUCCUGGGUUUUGUCUUUUUUUCCAUGUAUGUUCCUGCUGUGUAAGAAGCUAACUGUUAAAAUCCUUGUAAAGGGAACCUUUUUUUGUAUUGUUGUUCAUUUGUUACGCAAGAGUGGAAAUCUAGAAGUUAGUGGUUGUGUUUGCAGUUCGGUUGUUUUGGGGUUGUUCUACAGAUAAUAAUGUAAUUUGUGUGUGUAUUUUAGUGUGUGCGUGUGUAUCCAUGUAUUAUUUUAUUAGGCUGAUUACUUGACUUUAGUGUUGAUUCGAUGUUGAAUUGAGUCAUCUCAUUGACCAAUCAUGCUCUACCUUUAGUUACAGUUGGUUCACUUAUUAACUAAAAAGUUUAGUAGUCGGCUGUAACUAAUGAUUCACUUUUAAAAUGAAAUCUGGUUAUAUGUGUACCUUCACACUGGAAUACUGUAGAAAAUAAAUGUACGACCUCA